UGGUUGCCGUCUUCCUGCUGUUGGUUGUCAGUGUACAGACCGUACAGACAUGGCCGCUCUCAGCAAAAUACCACACAACUGCUACGAGAUCGGUCAUACGUGGGACCCGUCGUGUGUGGGGGCUGCCGUGGAUGUAGCCAGGGGUGCUUUGGAGGUCUCCUUCAAAAUAUACGCCCCUCUUUACCUGAUAGCAGCAAUUCUAAGGAGGAGGAAGAAGGAUUACUAUUUGAAAAAGCUUCUCCCAGAGAUUCUGUGGUCUACCUCUUUCCUCACUGCCAAUGGAGGUCUCUACAUCGUUUUCUUUUGCAUUCUCAGGAAACUGUUGGGAGGGUUCUACUCCUGGUCUGCCGGGUUCGGCUCGGCACUGCCUGCCUCCUAUAUUGCCAUCCUCCUGGAGCGCAAGAGCAGGAGAGGGCUGCUGACAAUAUACAUGACGAAUCUUGCCACUGAGACUUUGUUCCGUAUGGCAGUGACACGAGGCAUCGUCAAGCCCAUCAAACAUGGCGAGGUGCUCUUGUUCUGCAUAACUGCAUCGCUCUACAUGUUCUUCUUCAGGAGUAAAGAUGAUCUGAAAGGCUUUGCAUUCUCUGCGUUAAAGUUCAUUGUCGGGAAAGAAGAGCUUCCAACCCAGUCUAUUGCAGCAGAACAGAGCUCCACCAGGCCACCAGAGAGGACAGCUGCUGUAGAGGCGGAGGGUUCACAAGUGUCUGCAGAAGGGCCCGGCUCCAGGAGGAAAACUCUGCUCGCCUACACCAGGGAGAUGCUAGAGUCAAUAUGCAAAAAGGGUCCAAGACACAGAUGUUGUAAACACUACCAAGACAACUGCAUUUCCUACUGUGUGAAAGGUUUUGUCAGGAUGUUCAGUGUUGGCUACCUGAUUCAGUGUUGUCUCAAAGUGCCUUCAGCGUUCAGGCACCUGUUUACUAAACCAUCACGGCUCCCGUCGCUCUUCUACAACAAGGAGAACUUCCAGCUAGGGGCAUUUCUGGGAUCUUUCGUCAGCAUCUACAAGGGAACAAGCUGCUUGCUGCGCUGGCUGCGUAACAUUGAUGAUGAACUCCAUGCACUGAUAGCUGGCUUCCUGGCCGGUAUCUCCAUGUUCUUUUACAAAAGCACGACGAUAUCCAUGUAUCUCUUCUCCAAGCUGGUGGAGACCAUGUACUUCAAGGGAAUUGAGGCUGGACGGUUCCCUUACUUUCCUCAUGCAGACACGCUCAUAUAUGCCAUCUCCACUGCUAUCUGUUUCCAAGCUGCAGUGAUGGAAGUGCAGAACCUCAGACCUACAUACUGGAAGUUCCUGCUGCGUUUAACGAAGGGCAGGUUUGCUCUGAUGAACCGACAGUUGCUAGAUGUGUUUGGGACUCAAGCCUCCAGGGACUUUAAAGGCUUUGUGCCCAAACUGGACCCCCGUUUCACCACGAUGCUUCCUCCAGGAGCCGACAUCCAACUCGGUUGACUUGGGACCAGGCUCUGGCAGGGGCUUCUAGGGUUACCUCAGCAGGAAAUGGACAGUUUGACUGUUCUUUCUGAGUAACUUAAGGGUUUUUAAAAGGUGUUGUAACAGCUCAGAAGUGGUGAUGUCAUGUUAGGAGAUGAGAUAUGCUUUGGAGGACGAAGAAGCCCGAGAUCUGUCCACAGCAGGGCGUCUUGAGCGUUAAGUGUGGUGCUGCACAGGCACAUUUACUGACCGGGAUUGUGUGAUAACAGGUAACGAGUAAAAUGAAUGAAACAUACAAUAAAACAAGUAUUUCUUAGUCUAAUGAAGCACUUAACAAUACAAAACAAGUAUUAAUAAUGAUCAAUUUUAAUAGUUUAUUUAUAUUUUUAUUAUUAACCUGUUCUGCUAAGUAUGGAUGGUAGUAGUAGUAAGGUAGAUAACCAUAUAAGGUCAGUUCACUCAAAUCACAAAUAAAUGCAAAAAUGAGUUUACAGGAAAAUAGAAGUAAUAUAAUAAAUCAUUCCUGAUAUCCAUCAAUCGUAAUGUUUCUUCAUUUUGCAAGUUACCUGUUCGUUUUUACUGACUGAAAUAAGUUUUGGUUAUUUGGAUGGUUGUUUUCACGACUGAGGGUGUCACCCUCUGACUAAUCUUUUUCAAAUAGGCACCAUGAAACCUGAUUUUCACUCUGAUUUUAAAAGGAGAAGGAAUUUGCGAUCACACUUUCUGAAUGUGUACUUUGUCAAUAGAUAGGGCUGAUGAUAUCUUAUUACCUAGCCUUAUGAAAUAUAUUAUUCUUUAGUAGACAGACGGAGAUGUAUUUAGAUUGUGGUUUAUGAAGUGAAACAGAAGUGGAAAGUCACUGUUUUUAACCAGUUACUUGAAUUGAUUUUGUUUCCAUUGAUUUUUCCCCCUAAAUCUUAUACUGUGUUGAGUGUUUUUCUACUUAACAAUAAUUACUGCAAUGGAGUGAGUCACCUAUAUAGAUAAUGUGGUAAUGGGAGCGGUGAGGUUUGGAAGUUUUAAGGAGAACAUGGUGAAACCUUAACAACAGGUUUACAAGGUUACUUUUUGUUUAUUUAGGGGUUAAAGUACCAAUAAUUUCACAUUUAAGACACAAAUUGGGAGCAAUUGUAAUUUAGGAAAUGUUUAUGGACAAGUAAAUAUCACUUAAAUGAUUAUAGUUGCACAUAAGAAGCCAGAUUAUUUGGGUGAACUAUAUAUACAGUCUACGGUUAAGGCAGGAAAUCAGAGAAUGCAUUUAUGAUACACAUGCAGUGAUCACUUUAAAACCUGCAUUUACAGUUUGCAAAUUGUCAGUCAUCACAUUUCUCCCAAAUUGUAUGAAGAGAUUAUCUUGUCAGAUGUUGAUUGUGCCGUUUUCUUCACACUGUGUGCAUACAGUAUAUGUCUAAAUGUUACGAAUGGCCUGUUUUUAACUGCAAUCUUACUUGGAACUAAUUAUUUUACCCUUAGAUUUAGUCUAAUUUUGUGGGUUACAUUGAUGUACAGCCACAAGUUAUGAUCUAUUCCUCCCACUGCCCUGCUGUCACAGUGAUACUUCCCCAGUCUGACACCUGGUUGCAACUAGGGAUGGGUACCGAAUUCGGUACUUUUAUAGGUACCGACCGAAUUCAGUUGGUACUACCGAGUACCGAUUCAAGUAAAAUCAAACGGUACCAUGUUUCGGUACCUAAACGGCGUUACCUUUAAACUGAUCAUUGAUUUCAACCUGUUUUCAUUUGACGUCUUGAUUAACAAGCGUGCUGACGAUCGCACUAUUUUUUUAUUUACCUCCUCGUCUGGUCCUGUCUGCUCACCGCGGCCACUAGCCACUAGCUGCUGCCCUCUUCCACCCCGGCGCAGAGACGAACAGCCGGCUCUCGGCCUGCUAGCCGCCAGCUGCUAUCUCUCCAAUGUCUGUACCCGGGCUUGGCCUUAGUCUACCUCCAGAUUGGACCUUCCUUACUCCGUUUGCUUUCUCCAUUCUUCUGUAGAUCAGUCAUUAACAGCUAGCAGCUGCAUCUCUGGUCCUCCGCUAAAACUCCGAUCUUCAACUCAGGAAUAUUACCUGCCACUUUAUUCCAAACUGCCUCGCUGAAAUUAAAUCCCUCAGACUCCUGCGUCAUCCUCGAUAUGUUCACAGAGGAGCCCGACUCAACUUUGUUUAUUCCAACCAUGCUAUGCCCACAAUACUGUCUGACCGGUGCUGCGCCGCACAACUACGACGUAAUCACAACAAAUCACACGUGCACUUCCAACCUUUUUUUUUUUUUUUUUUUCUCCGUGCACUUGCCACCUGAGAGCGCUCCUCUGCAUUCUUUGAUAACACUCCAAAAAUGCACAUUCACUCAACAAUAAAGCACUGCUCAUCCUGGAUUUUAUAUUGUUUUGAUAGAUUUUUUAAAGUUUAUAUUUUCAAACGCAAAAGUACCGAAAAUUGGUACCGUUGAGCACCGAUACCGAUUCCCAGGUACCGGGUAUCGGUACCGUAUCGGUUCAAAUGUGAACGGUACCCAUCCCUAGUUGCAACCAGAUCAGACAACUAUUUAAAUUACAUAAGAAAUGGUUUCAUCAGAGACUUGGCUUCUAGGUUUAAAAAAACAAAGGCCUUUAAUUGACAAAUUCAUAACAUGAGCUGAGAGACUUUGGAAUGGGAUACAUUAUGAUCAAGGUAGUCUAGAUUUACAGAUUCAUAUAAUUCAAAGUCUGAUUUUUUUUUUAGUGAUUUGGCAAAUUAUUCAAAGUUCUGAGUCACAAACAAUUAUAUUAUCUACACAAAUUCCAAUAAGUCAUUGCCACAGUAAAGCUGAUCCAUCCUUUUCAUUUUCCCCGAGGUGUUUGGGUUUCAAAAGACUAACUAAAUAUUUAAUACUCACUAAUACAGGCCAAUUCCCAGACCCAAACAUAGUUCAAAUUAAAUGUUGGGUUGAUUCACAUAAGCUCAUAAAAUGGAAAAAAAAUGUGUUGGCUGUUAAUUAAUACUGGCAUAUUAAUUAAUAUUGUCAGUCUCAAGGUGAACCCUGUAGCUUAAAAGCCUCAUUGAUUGAAACAUUGUUUACUGGGGAAUUAGGUGCCACAUCGACGUGUUUACCUGAAGGCGACAAUUAACCUGUUUUUGUGAAUAAAAAGCACACGGCUCAAUCUGCUUUUGUUUUUGAUAUUUGUUACUGAGAUAUGAGGAUAUCUGCCAAAAAGAGUUUUACAUAUUCCAUGUUCUCUGAAAAGUAUGCAUUAGUGAUAAAUAGUACCAGUGGUUCUGCAGUUAAUGGAAUAAUGGCAACAGUGAAUACUUUUGUGGAAAUGUCUGUGUAAAUUAGAGUGUUGCAUUUCACACAGUUAACUCCAUUCCAUAUGUGAAAUUCCAUAUAAGUACACUGUAAAAUUGUGACAGCUUUUUGUACAUAUCUCAUAUUUCUGGAAGUUAUUUGAACUGCAACUUUGUUUACUUCGAAUAUUGCAUUCAGAUCUUCAGCCCAACCCAGCUUUAGACACAGCUUACCUCCAUACCAGAAGCCAUGAUUGUAAUAGACACAGUGCAGAAUUAUUGCCUAGACGACAGUGGAGGUGUAAUAUAUUAACUAAAGCAAUGAAAUAGAAUUAUAAUAUAAUUUUCAGCAAAUGUUUUUCUUUUUGAUUUAUGCAAAAUGGGUGAAUAUUAAAAUAUUCUUUUUUUAA